GCGACGCCGGGUUUCUCGUGCCAGGAUGAGGAGCUGCCGUUUGUCGAUAGUCUCGCUACGCCGCGCCCGUGUCCUCGCACCCGUUCCUUGCGAUUCACGCUGAUGAGCAUGCGCGGGCUGGUGCUGGUGUGCUGUGCCCCUCCUCGCCUUCGCUGCUCUGCGGCUCUACGAAAUUGUCAAGUCAGCUUUGUCUCUCUUGCCCUCCAGAGGCUCAUCCGCUCGUUCCACUACACCGAAUCGCCAGUCCUUUCCGCGCGCUCACUCCGCCCUCACCACCGUCCCUUGGGCCAUCUGCGACUCGACGGGCCCGAUAACAUGCCGCUGUCUUCGCCCGCAGCCGGCACUCCCAGCGGCACGGCAUCCACGCCAGGCGGUCCACCCACUGUCACGCCGCAUGCGCCACGUGAGCGCUCCUAUCAGCCACAGUCGCAGCUUCCGCCACUGUCUGCGCAGCCACAUCCCUCCUUCCGUGAGUUCACUUCCACUUCAGUCAUGUCAUGUCAUUUCGGGCCAAUUCAGACCGGCAGAGCUUCAGCUGUCACGCCUUACCGUUUCCAGCCUAGCGUCACAUUGCUUUCACAUCAUCCCACAUCACCGGCGACGGGAGGGAGUCCUGUCACAACUCAUUUUCCACACUUCGAGGUGAUCUCGCAUCGACAGCCGUGCAAGUCGAGUCGAUUUACUUGAAACCUCACCUGUGACCAUCAGCAACUCAUAAUUCUCCAAGGACAUGGCUGCUCACUUCGGCCUGCUCGCCGCUGGCUGUCCGGCUGAUCCGCCAACUCCUGGAUCAUGGCGACUACAUUGUCGCCUGUCUCCCGCCGCA